GAAGAGAAAACAAAAGAAAUAGUACGACCCAAACGGCGUCGAGGAGGGGGUUAGUUAAAGCACAGAUAUUCUUCCUCCUUACUGCAAUCGAAUCAAUCUGCUUCCCUUCCGUCCGGAAUGGAGCGCGUGAGAAGGGCUUCGCACGCUGGCUCUUGGUACACCAAUAAUGCCAGUAAGCUGGAAGAGGAACUAGAUGGUUGGCUGAUGGCUGCUGGUCUCACCAAGUCUCCUGAUGUUAGGGCUGUAAUUGCACCCCAUGCUGGCUAUUCAUACUCAGGGCGCUGUGCAGCUUAUGCUUUUGGAAACAUUGAUCCAACGAACAUUUCUCGGGUGUUUUUGCUUGGCCCAUCUCAUCACUACUAUACUCCGAAAUGUGCUCUGUCAAGAGCUACAGUUUAUAGCACCCCGAUUGGGGAUUUACCAGUAGACCAGGAAGUCAUCGAGGAACUCAAAGCUACAGGAAAAUUCGAAUUUAUGGAUCUUAAUGUGGAUGAGGCUGAACAUAGCAUGGAAAUGCAUUUGCCUUACCUUUCUAAAGUAUUUAAGGGACACAAUGUAAAAGUUGUCCCUAUCCUUGUCGGUGCCGUUAGCUCCCAAAAUGAAGCCAUGUAUGGGCAGUUGCUCUCUAAAUAUGUGGAUGAUCCAAAGAACUUUUUUUCUGUCUCCUCAGACUUCUGCCACUGGGGAUCCCGGUUUAGUUACACAUACUAUGACAAGAACCAUGGUGCCAUUCACCAAUCGAUCGAGGCAUUGGACCGCUUGGGCAUGGAGAUCAUAGAGUCUGGCGACCCCGACGCAUUCAAACAGUAUCUCCAGGAGUACGAGAACACCAUAUGCGGACGCCAUCCCAUAAGUGUUCUCCUUCAUAUGCUGAAACAUUGCUCGACGAAGAUUAAGGUUGGGUUUGUUCGCUACGAGCAGUCGAGCCAGUGCAAGAGCAUGAGGGACAGCAGCGUCAGCUACGCAUCCGCUGCAGCCACGGUGGAGUCUCCUGGAGAAGAGAGUAAAGAUUGAGGAAAAUGUGGGUUGACCUGUAAGCCCUGGUGUAACAUGACUGGCUGGAGCUCUCUCUCUCGAACUUUGUAGUAAUGUUAAGCUCUAGUUGAAAGUCCGAUCUUUGUUGAUCUGUGGCAGUACUUGGAUUCCGUGAAACUAGAAAUUAAUAAAAGGACAAUAUGUUUCUGGUGUA